AGUAAUAUUUAAAGAAAACACUUGUCCAACUUUUUUUAGGUUGUAAGCAGGUAGCAGUGUAGCACUGUUUGCACUUCCCGCUUAGAUCACCAUUCACCACCAGUCCAUCAGUCCAUCUUCACUACAAUGGAGACCAAUAGCGAGGAAGUGAUCCUCUCCAUAACUUCCAGCUUCGAUCAGAUUUAUGCCGAUUUUAAGAGCACGAUUGAGGACAUUCAAAGUUUGAAAUCGAAAUACAACGCGGAAGUGAAGAAGAGUGACGCUAUCCAGUUCAGAAUGAAUAGCCUUCAAUCUGAAAAUGAGCGCCUGAGAAAGAGUUAUGCAGAGUCACUUAACAAAUUGACAGAUCAGAUUGAAAGCCGUACUAGCUGCCAGAUCUUGAAGGAUGAACUGAAAAAAUUAAAUGAUGAGCAUUCCCAUAAAGAAAAUGAAUUUAAGAAUGUUAUUGGCUCGCUCAAGCAUGAAAACGCAAUGAGGAUCCAAGUCAUGGAAUCUCAAAUCAGAGAGUUACAGGCUGAAAAGGCGGCAAUUGAAGCAGUCUGUCAACAUCUUCGCCAAGAUUUAACUGUGCAUAAGAACCAUAUCACAGCUCUAUCAAGGAGAUUAGAACAAGUCUCUUCUGAUGUAGAGUCUAGAUAUCAGUAUGAGAUUCAGGGCUUGAAGGACUGUCUUUUGGUUGAGCAAGAAGAGAAGAAUGAGUUGAAAAAGAAGGUCCAAGAACUGGAAAAAGAAUUGCUUGUCAGCAGCAUGGAGCUCGUAGAGUCUCGGCAAGAUUUAACUUCAAAUCGACAUGUGGACUCUCUAAAGCAGAAGAUUAUGAAACUACGGAAGGAGAAUGAGGGUCUGAAGAGGCAAAUCAUUGAUAAGAGAAAAGGAUAAGUGCCCUUAAAUUGGAUAGAGCCCUCAAAUAAUACAUGUUUAGUGCAUAACCAAUCAUGUUAUAUAGUGUUAGUUAGGUUUAUCGAUUGGAAGGUCCUGUAAUUCGAUAGAGCCCUUUUACGUUUUUCGCAGAAUAAACAAAAUGGCCACUGAACUGAUUCCUUAAGUUCUGGCCUGAGUCGUUAAUCACCUCAUUAGAGAACCGCUUAUGGGUUAUCUAUGAAGAAAUUAUUGAUCCAUCCAGAUGAAGAUCACCGCCUUUUUCUUUUACGUAACACACAAGCUCUAUCGAGGACCCGAUUACACUGCAAUGUAGGGUGGAUCUUUUACUUCUUGGUCCCAAAUGCGGGUCACCCAUGACAUGGAUUGGAAUUUCAGUGUCGAGUCCGGUUUUUGGAUCUGUUGGUUCUUGGUCCCAAGUGGGGGUCAACCAUGACAGGGACUGGAAUUUCAGUGUCAAGUUCAGUUCGAGUCCCAUGAUUAUGGCUAUGAUUUGCGGGUAAUCACAUUACUUCAUUCCUUCUACCCGCAUCCUCAUAAAUUAUAGAGAAUAUUACCUGAAAUAGGCCUAAAAUAGUUUGAAAAUUCCAAAAUAGGACUGUGAUGUUUUUAUUCUCGAAAUAGGACUAAUUAAUGUCAUGUUUAGGUAGUACCGGAUUUCAAACAUGGUAAUAUUUUCUAAACAUGACAGUAAUUAGUCCUAUUUUAGGAAUAAAAAACAUGACAAUCCUAUUUUAGAAUUUUGAAACUGUUUUAGUCAUAUUUCGGGAACGUUCUCUAAAUUAUACUGUACACCCGGUCAAGUUGUAUUCUCGGGUAUUUUGCAAUUUCUCCGAACUUUCGAGCAUAUAUUGUAUGUCCUAUAUUUACCUCUCAAAGCUUUAAUUUUUUA